ACGCGCAGCACGCAGCGUGUCGCUCACACCGCACGUAGCUCUGAUCCCUCCGCCGCGGCGAUGAGAAAGAGUCCCCGAACCCCCCUCUCCGCCGCCGCCGCCCCGGGCCCCCCUCGGCCCCGCGCCCCCCACGGACCCUCCGGCGGGGCCGCUGCGGCGGGACCGGGACGGUCCUGGCGGGGCUGGAGCGGCCCCGGGGCGGCGGCGGAGGCGCUUCCGGGCGGAGGGAGCCGUAUAUAAGGGCGGCAGCGCGGCGGCCGGACCCUCUUUCUCGGCCUCGGGAGCGAGAUGACGAAGAAGAGGAGGAACAACGGGCGGGCCAAGAAGGGCCGGGGGCACGUGCAGCCCAUCCGCUGCACCAACUGCGCCCGCUGCGUGCCCAAGGACAAGGCCAUCAAGAAGUUCGUCAUCCGCAACAUCGUGGAGGCCGCGGCCGUCAGGGACAUCUCGGAGGCCAGUGUCUUCGACUCCUAUGUGCUGCCCAAGCUCUACGUGAAGCUGCAUUACUGCGUGAGCUGCGCCAUCCACAGCAAAGUGGUGCGGAACCGCUCGCGGGAGGCGCGCAAGGACCGGACCCCCCCGCCCCGCUUCCGACCCGCUGGUGCUGCCCCCCGGCCCCCCCCGAAGCCCAUGUGAGGAGACGCCGAUGGAACGUGACCGUGAUUGCGGGAUCAAUAAAGGACCCUACACUGA